AAAUUACUAAGUAGUGAACUAAAUUAAUAGGCAGCGAACUAACUAACUGAACACUGCCUUUUUUUACCCGCGAUGCAUUAAAACUGCAAUACCCAUGAUGCACCUGGAGCCACAACGAACCUCCUCCUCAGAGAGAGACAAACUCAGACAGCAGCAGGUCGACAGUGUCAGAGCUGCGGAAUCUGCUGAAGUCCACACCGUUUAAUCGUCAUGGAAAAUCUACAUUUAAAGGAUUUCUUCUGGAACAUUGAUCUGACCUGCACUGGUGGCUAUGACGUCAUCAUUCAGUAUCUCAAUGAUGGCAGGAGGACAUGCAAGGAGCUGGAGGACUUCAUGAAAGCCAGGGCCUCAAUUGAGGAGAAAUACGCCAAAGACCUCCUUGGUUUGUCCAAGAAGGUGUGCGGACACAAUGAGAUGAACACGUUAAAAAGAUCCCUGGAUGUGUUCAAGUUGCAAACUGAACGUGUGAGCCUGUCACACCUACAGCUGGCACAGAGCAUGAGAGAGGAGGCCAAAAAACUGGAAGACUUUAGAGAAAAGCAGAAAGAAGCGAGGAAAAGGAUUGAACAACAGAUCGACAUGCUCCACAAACAGAAGUCUGCACAGUUCAAGAAGGCAAUGGAUUCAAAGAAGGUGUACGAGCAGAAGUGCAGAGACAAAGAAGAGGCCGAUCAGAACGUAAACAGAAGCACCAACAACCCCAAGCAUAUGGACAAGCUCUGCUCCAAAGCACAGCAGGCAAAACAGAACGCAGAGGAAGCAGACCGAUUAUACCAGCAGAACGUGACCACACUGGGAAAGAUUAGAGACGAGUGGCUGAAAGAACACAUCAAAGCGUGUGAGGUGUUUGAGAAGCAGUCGGUCGAGCGCAUCAACUUUGUGAGAAACGCUGUCUGGACUCACCUGAACCAGCUCUCGCAGCAGUGUGUGACCAGCGAUGAGCUGUACGAGGAAGUGAGAAAGUCACUCGAACAGUGCGACGUCCAGGAAGACAUCGGAUACUUUAUAAACCUCAGGAGGACCGGAGAUAAACCACCAGCUCCAGUUUUGUAUGAGAAUUUCUACAUUGGUCUGAGGUCUCCAACUGGAGCUCCGCUCACUCGACCACCUCCACUGAUCCUCAGGAGGGGCCCGUUACCUGAGCCUGCACAAGAUGAUGUGACGUACUCCACGGUGCAGGACACAGACUACAGUGUUAUCCAGUACUGAUGCACAGAUUGGCUGCAGCAGCUACUGUACACGUUCCUUGUGCGGCGCUGGAGCUUUGGAACGGACAUGAACUUUAUCAUGACUACUUCCUUCUUUUCUUUUUUGUUUCCCUGUAAAGACAAGAUCUUAGUAGGUUGAAAAAAAAAAAACGAGUGUCAUAAUUGUGUAUACCUACAUAGUUUGGGUGGGGCAUUUUAAACAUACACUAUAUCACUGUGUUGUAAACAGUACAGAAUUGGCGUUUUAUGCAAUUAUAAAGUUCUUCUAACUCAGGUACUCUCUGCUCUCCACAUAUGAAGCCAGUUUAUUAUCAGGAGGCUCAAAUGUUGCAUCUUAAUUUAUUCCUAGUAAGACACUGUGCCUUUUGCUUGCUUUUUUCAUUUCCUCUUUAAAGUAUGAGAGUGUUCGUUGGCUUCACAUGCAGACUCCCCUCUGUGACCGCCUUAUCUGUAGAUUUACGAGCGGAACAAUGGACUGGUUUCCGUUGGAUUUUAAGAGCGUUCUGUGUGACAAUUCAGGUAAAUUAUGGGAUGAGGAUGUUUCUAAACGCUGGAGGAGGGUCUUUGACUGGACUUUUUGCACUUUCAUUUCACUUAAUUUAUAACGUGUCAGUAAUUAAAUGGGUUACAUCAUUCAGCCAAACCUGUGUGUGGCAACAGUUUCUGAGUAAUUCUUGAUGUGAUGUGUUGUGUAAGACUGGAGCAAGUUAGGGUGCUUGAGCAACGUACAUAAACAUGUGCCUGGUGUGUGUGUGUGUGUGUGUGUGUGUGUGUCUAUCACAAAUUCUUGCAAGCAAGUGCGGAAGCACAGAGCCACCAAAAACAAUACUUCACUCCCACUCCGUGGGGCUCUAUGCAUUCUUGCUAUUCAUAAUUUAUACACAGUACUUUAAUUCCAUGACAGAAUAAA